CGCCCGCCCGCCGCACUGACUCCUUCCCCUCCCCAGCACUGCAGCAUUCACACUGCAGCUCCAGCCGCCACCCGCGCCUCUCCGCAGCCCGGCCGCCACCAGCACCAUGGCCAGCACCGUGUCCGCGUACAAAGAGAAGAUGAAGGAGCUGUCUGUUCUAUCGCUCAUCUGCUCCUGCUUCUACGCACAGCCUCAUCCCAGCACCAUCUACCAGUAUGGGGACAUGGAGGUGAAAGAAUUGGACAAGCGAGCCUCUGGCCAGAGCUUUGAGGUCAUCCUCAAGUCCCCUUCUGACCUAUCCCCAGAGAGCCCUGUGCUGUCUUCUCCCCCGAAGAGGAAGGACAUCUCCCUGGAGGAGCUGCGGAAGCGGUUGGAGGCAGCUGAGGAACGGAGGAAGGCAAGGAUACCGCUCCCCAUGAGUGACAAAGACGCAGGAGGCGCAAGUCCUGAAGCAGCUGGCGGAGCGGCGCGAGCACGAGCGCGAGGUGCUGCACAAGGCGCUGGAGGAGAACAACAACUUCAGCCGCCAGGCGGAGGAGAAGCUCAACUACAAGAUGGAGCUCAGCAAGGAGAUCCGCGAGGCGCACCUGGCGGCGCUGCGCGAGCGGCUGCGCGAGAAGGAGCUGCACGCGGCAGAGGUGCGCAGGAACAAGGAGCAGCGGGAGGAGAUGUCCGGCUAGGGCCCCGGACACCGCAGCCACGGAGCACGUUCGGGUUUGGGAUUUUGUUCAACUCUGUCUAGAUGCAAGUCUUGUUUCUGCUUUGUCCCCCACCCCGCACCCCCAGCUUCAUGCUUCUCUUUCCGCACUCUGGGCGUCCAGUCCUUGUCAGACCAUGGGCCCUCCCGGGAGGAGCCGCCAGGAUGUGAGACAUGGCCUCCCAUUGAGACACCAGGCCAGGCAUGGCUGGGCCCGUCUUGGUGGCCCUCUAGUGGAUGUGGUGGCAACCUUAAUAAACCUAGUGGCUGUGGCACAAUU